UCUGCGGGUAGCAUCGCAACGUAACAGGGCAUUGGUGUGUUCGGUAUAGUCGAUGAUGACUAGGCAAGACACGUGUAUAUAUUCGCAGGUGGUCUGAAGCGUGCCUGGGCCAGCUAGAUACGUGUCUGUUCAAUUCAGCCCAACCAUUUCAUCUCUGCUCUUAAGUCCAGUCGAGUGGUUUAGUGAGUAAUAAUAGAUGGUUCUGCAGAUUUUGGUUUGAAUUCCAAAACUAGUGAUGGGGACUGCAUCAUCUAUGUUAACUCAAUACGACAUCGAGGAAGUUCAAGAACACUGCAAUAAUUUAUUUUCCCAGCAGGAAAUUGUGUCGUUGUAUCAAAGAUUUUGUCAACUUGACCGCAAUGCCAAGGGAUUUAUUUCGGCGGAUGAGUUCUUGUCCGUCCCCGAGUUUGCCAUGAAUCCACUUUCUCAGAGGCUGCUCAAGAUGGUGGACGGUUUGAAUUUUAAAGACUUUGUGGCCUUCUUAUCUGCAUUCAGUGCCAAAGCCAAUGCACAACAAAAAAUAGAGCUUAUUUUCAAAGUCUUUGAUUCAGAUCGUAAUGGAAAGGUGUCUUUCAAAGAUAUAUUGGAAGUGCUAAAAGAUUUGUCAGGUUCAUUCAUGUCCGAUGAACAGAGAGAGGAAGCUCUCAGUCAAGUUCUAAAAGAAGCAGGAUACACAAAAGACUCUUACUUGACGUUGGAUGACUUCAUUAAGGUUCUUGGUCAAUCUGACCUAAAAAUGGAUGUUGAAGUCCCUGUUGAUUGAAACUAGCUUCAGUUUUCCCUGUCCUGGUGAAAGAUAAAACUGUAAACUCUAUUCAUAAGAUUCUUGUAAUAUAUUUCAUGUGGAAAUGAAAAGUGCACAGUACCUUUGUCUCCUUUCUUCUUGGGAUUCUUGUAAUGUCGUUGCCUUUCAGCCACUAGCUGUUUAGGAGCCAAUUUGAAAAGCUCGAGGUUGAUUCAGUUUUUCACAUACCUUGACAGUUUUUUUGUUUUUUUUUUUUUUGCAAAUUUUUUAGUCUACUGGAUUCAGAGUUAGGUAAUUCUAUCCUAUUUGAAGUUUCAACUGUUGAUGAACUUGCCAAGUUCAAGUUUCUUUCUGUGUUAUAAUCUCAGCAGUGUCUCUUCCGCACUAAAGCAGCAUGAAGAUUGUUGCUGUGUUAGAUUAGAACAUUGUGAUUUUCAUCAUCAUUUGUGAUA